AUGCGUCCAUCGCAUAUAUUCUCCCUCCUGCUACUGCUGCUAGCCCCAGCUAUACAGGCGGCGGUCCUGGCGAUAGAUUACGGAGCGGAAUUUACGAAAUUAUCAUUGAUCAAACCCGGUGUACCAUUCGAUGUGGUGCUGGACAAAGAUAGUAAGAGAAAGAUAUCGAGUGUGGUAGGAUGGAAGAGGGAUGAUAGGGUUUUUGGAGCAGAGGCUAAGAUGGCUGCCACACGUUUCCCCGACACUCAUUUCCCAUAUGUCAAACCCCUUCUCGGAUCCACUUCUCAACUUCAACUUCCCCUUCAUCCUAAUCAACCAUCACUCACAGACGACGGUGUGCUCAUCUUCCCUCAUCCUUCUGCACCAUCCCACAUCUCCCCCUGCGCCUCUUCCCCCGACCAAUUUUGGACACCUACUGCCUUGUUAGCUCAUCAAAUAUCGUAUUUCCGACAUCUCGCCGAAACCCUCUUACCAGCUGGAUCAACCGCCGAAUCGAUAAACCAGGUGAUAGUGACCGUUCCAGCAUGGUGGGAUCAUUAUCAGCGCAAGGCGUAUAAAGAUGCAUUGGAACUACAAGGGUUAAGUUGUUUAGCGAUGAUAGGGGAAGGUACCGGUGUAGCAUUGAAUUACGCCAUGACUAGGACAUUCCCAGAUUACAACCUCGAGACUGGUGAGGGAUCAAAGGAAUAUCAUGUCAUAUAUGACUCGGGUGCAUUAUCAACAACAGCUACAGUCUUGGCUUUUUAUCAAACCAGUUAUCUACCUACACCUAAAUCGAAAACUCCCAUAAACACCACACACAUCGAAGUUCUCGGUACGGGAUAUGAACAAGUGGGUGGAGUAUUGCUGGAUGUUUCUAUCCAAGAUCUAUUAGUUGAGGAUUUCAUCAAGAAGAGCGGUCAGAAAGGUGUUAAGAAUGAUAAGAAGGCUUUGGCGAAAUUGGCAAGAGAAGCAAAUAGAGUGAAACACAUCUUGAGUGCUAACCAAGAGGCCAACGUAGCUAUCGAAUCACUCUACAACGACGUCGACUAUCGAUCAAAGAUCUCGCGAGCUUCCCUCGAAUCGUCUCUCGAAUCAUCCAUUCCCUUGUUUUCCCAUCCCGUCACCUCAGCUCUCACUUCCGCUGAGCUGUCCCUCAACGACAUCAACUCUGUCAUCUUAUUCGGGGGUAACACCAGGGUGCCUCUAGUUCAAAACACCUUGAAAUCCGUGUUAGGUGGUAAAGACGAUCUGAUCGCUCAAAAUGUAAAUACCGACGAAGCUGCUGUGUUAGGUGCGGCUUAUUACGGUGCAGCACUGAGCAGACAAUUCAAGAUGAAAAACCUCAACGUCACGGAAAGAUCCUUCUACGACAUCAUCAAGGAUGGCAAAGACGGCGAAGUCAUCUUUGAGAAAGGAACUAAACUAGGUGAAAGGAAAAUCUUGACUUUACCUGUACCUGCCAAAGGUGAAGAUGAGGUAACCUUAGAAUUCUCACAAUCCACUCAUCCUGCAUCACCUGGACAAUCGACAACGAAAGUGGAGAAUGAUCAAGCUCAGACUAAACCUAUCUUAGCGUUGACGAUCAACGACAUUCAAAAAUCGUUGAAGAAUUUAACAACUCCUCAACCUGUCAUUCAAGUUACGUUGAGACUCGAUCCCAGGGGAUAUCUGUCAGUCGCCAACGCCGUUCUCACUUCCAACGUCACCGAACCUGAAGACAAGGAAGGCGGAGUGGCUGGUGCUUUGAAAGGAUUAUUCGGCGGUAAGAAGGAUGACACCCCGUCAGAGGACAAUACCACGGAGGAUGAUGAGGUACAGGAUCAGACGAAGGAUGCCAAGACAAAGUCUAAAAAGCAAAAGAUAGCUUUGAGAUUUAAAGAGAAACAUAUCGGUCUCAGACCCAUGACAGGUGAAGAGAAGAGGACGACCCAAGCUAGACUCCAAUCAAUCGCAGCCUACGAAUCCGCCAAAUUCGCUCGUGAGGAAGCACGUAACCUCCUCGAAGGGUAUUUAUACCGAUUAUCAGGUCUACUUAGUCCCGAUUCAGAUAUCAAGGCCUUGCAUGAAUAUGCCACCCAAGCUGAGAGAGAUAAGAUCAGAGAUCUGGUGGAUAAGACGAUGGAAUGGUUGGGUGAUCAUGCCGAGACGGCUGAUGAGAAGACUUUGAAAGGGAAGAGGUCGGAUUUGGAAUCCCUCGAACUACCCAUCCUCAAACGAUACAAAGAAUACCUCCACCGACCCAAAGCUCUCGAAGCCUUCCAACAAGCAAUGUUCGCCUCUCGCUCUUUCCUCAGUGAAGCUCGUAAGAAUAAUACGGAAGCUCUGAAAGCUGCUGGGUCGGCUACAGAUGAAAAUCCUGCUAUACCACCUAAAUAUACUGAAGAAGAGUUGAAGGACGUGGAAGAUCAGAUGAAAGAGAAUGAGCAGUGGAUAGACGGGUUGAUGAAAGACCAAGUGAAGAUUGAAGAUGAUAAGACCAAGGAUCCGGUUAUCAUGGCUGGGGAUCUGGAUGAGAGGGGUAAAAAGUUACAGAUGACUGUCCUCCGACUGAUCAACAAGAAACCACCCCGUCGACCUCGGCCUUCUUCUUCAUCUUCCUCCGCCACCACUUCGACGACACUAGCCAGCCCAACAGAUCAUGGACCGGAGGUAGUUGAGUCGACACAUAGCGAGGCUAUCCCUACCACCUCAAUCACAUUGGCCAAACCGACCGACAAAGGACCUGAACUGGAGGAUGUCACUCAAGAGACGGGCAAUAAGUUGGGUAAGACGUCUAUCUCGAAAGCUGCUCCGACGGAUAAAGGGCCAGAUCCACCAAAGCAUGUUGAGCUGUAG